CCGGCAGGAAAACGAGCUCCUGCAGAACAAAUUGCACAACGCUGUACAAAUGAAACAAAAAGACAAACAAAUGAUCAGCCAGUUGGAGAAGAAGCUAAAGGCAGAGCAGGAGGCACGAACCUUUGUAGAAAAGCAAUUAAUGGAAGAGAAGAAAAGGAAGAAGUUGGAAGAAGCAACUGCUGCACGAGCUGUGGCCUUUGCUGCUGCCACGAGGGGAGAGUGCACUGAAACUCUACGGAAUCGUAUCCGGGAGCUGGAGACAGAGUGCAAGAAGUUAACAAUUGACAUAAAGCUGAAAGAGGAUCAGAUACGAGAGCUAGAAAUGAAAGUUCAGGUAAUGACAAAGCGCCAGGGGCUUAGAUCAGCAUCACAAGGAGAGCUUUCAGCCCUCCAAAAUCCCAGGAUCUACAUAAGUGGCAAUCACCACCUUCAGUAACUGUGCUGUUCAGAU